CAUCGGCGAAGCGUUUUGGCGAGCAGAGCACUGUAGCUGCAAGCUGCGAUUUUCAGCUCAAACCAGCGGCGUUCUUCUGGUUUGAGCCUCCAUUUCUUCACGGGAUCAUUGGCGGUGGUCCUCCAGUGAUUCUGAACCAUUUCCGACAGCAUUUCAACGUUCCCAGCUUUCUUCGUCAGCUCGCGACGCCAUUUCCAGAAAACGCAGCAGAGAACCAUUUCAGAACUGACCUUCCUGAAAUUUUGUGAGCUAAUGCAAGGAAAUCUGAAUCGUCUUGAAGCUUGAGAACACCAGAUCGAUUUCUGUUGGAGUGUUCUCUGCAGAUUCCUUGUGUGACGGCAAGGAGAAGACAAGUUUGGUUUAAGAUUUGGUGUCUUCCUUUGCAACAUUGCUUGAACUUGACCCAGAGAUUGAAAUAACCUUUUGGGCUUUAAGGAGCCAAGCUAGGUCAACAGCAACUUGUGAGAGUAGAAUUUCAGAGAUGGAUAAUCAGAUAACAGAAGGGGAUCGAACUAUGAAAGAGCUUGCAGCACCAGAUGUGGCUUAUAAGUACUCAUGUAUUACUUAUCCAGACUUGGCAGGAGAUUUUGAACUUAGAUCAGGACUUAUUCAUCUGCUUCCCAAAUUUCAAGGGUUAUCAGGAGAGGAUCCCAACCGCCAUCUACAUGAAUUCCAUGUGGUUUGUUCUACCAUGAAACCACAAGGGAUUUCAGAAGAAGACAUUAAGUUGAGGGCCUUUCCAUUCUCUUUGACAGGAGCAGCAAAGGACUGGUUAUAUUGCCUUCCAGCUGGAUACAUUACUAGUUGGAUUGAUAUGAAGAAAGCAUUUUUGGAGAAAUUUUUCCCAGCUUCUAGGACUGCAACUAUCAGGAAGAGCAUUUGUGGUAUUCAACAAGUAGUGGGAGAAACUCUAUAUGAUUAUUGGGAGAGAUUCAAGAAGCUGUGUUCGAGUUGUCCACAACAUCAGAUUAGUGAUCAGCUUCUUGUUCAAUAUUUCUAUGAGGGUCUACUUCCUAUGGAUAUGAGCAUGAUAGAUGCAGCAGCUGGAGGAGCCUUGGUGAAUAAGACUCCAAAUCAAGCAAGAGAGUUAAUUUCAAAUAUGGCAGAAAAUUCACAGCAAUUUGGGAGUAGAGCUCUUGGGACUAGAGUGGUUAAUGAAACUCAUUUGGUUUCGAAUGAGCAACAAGAAAUCAGAAACAAUUUACAAGAAUUGACCUCUCUAGUGAAGCAAAUUGCGUUGCAAAAUUCGAGUCAUGUUUCAAAUUUUCCUUUAUCAAUGAUGAAGUUGUGUGGAAUUUGUUCAAGCUAAGAUCAUUCUUUGGAUCAUUGUCCUAAUUUAUAUCAAGAUGAAUCUGUUGCAGCCAUUUCAAGACCUCAAUUUCAGCAACACAAGUAUGAUCCCAACUCUUCAACUUAUAAUCCGGGAUGGAGGGAUCAUCCUAAUUUGAGGUAUGGGAACACAUUUUAUCAGCAGCCAACACAAAAUCAGAUUGGUCAGCCAUCAUUUCAGCAUCAGCAGAAUCAACAUUAUUUCCAAAACCAUCCAGCAGUUCAUUCUCAGCAAAAUCAGCACUUCCAGCAGCCACAAUUUCAGCAAAACUUCAACCAAAAUAAGCAAUUUCAACCAUUCCAGAAUUUUCAGCAUUCGAAUGUUGCAUUUCAGCCACAAUUUCAGAAUGCACAGAAUCAGCAAAACCAUUUCCAGCAAAUUCAGCAACCUGUGCAGAAUUUCCAUGUAACGACCCAAUUUUCCUCAUUAGGAG